AUGGCAUCUUCAGCAGUAAAAAAGUUACCUUGUAUUACAUGUGGCAAAGCAGCGGGUGUAUUUACAUGUCGUGGGUGUUUAAAAGAUUUUUGCACACGUCAUGCAACCGAGCAUCGACAUAUGUUGGAUCAGCAAAUGGAAGAAGUCACUCUCUGUCACGAUCAAUUAAGGCAAAAUUUUGAUGAGCAAACAAAAGAACCUCGCCAACAUUCUCUCAUACAGCAAAUCGAUGAAUGGGAACAAAAUUCUAUUGAGAAAAUUCGCCAAGUAGCCGAAAAUGCUCGCAAACAACUACUGAAUGCAAUCAGUAAACAUUCGAUUAAGAUGACCGAAGUUUUAGGAGAUCUCACACAAAAGUUGACCAAAGCUCGUGAUGAUGAUGAUUUCGUCGAGACAGAUUUGAAAGAGUGGAUAGACAAACUUAAUAAAAUAAAAAAUGAUUGGACUGCACCACAAACGAUCAGCAUUCAGCAAGAUGUUAGUGAGGUGUCAUUCAUCCGAAAGAUUACUAUAAAUGAUUGGUCAAAUGACUGUCUAGAAAAAUCAGCUGGUGAUAUUCGAAUUGAAGAAAAUGGACUUGUGAUCGUUCACGGUCCAUCGCAAGACCAUGCAGCAGUGCGUGGUAGAUGCCAAUACUCAUUUGGACAACACCGAUUUCGUUUCAAGAUUGAGAAAUUAGAUACCACGAAAUGGGUGUUUUUCGGCAUCAAGCCGAAAGAUGCCCCCAUGAUGUCAGACUCAGCCAACACCAGUACAGCUUAUGGCUGGGCUGGAGGAAAUGCUGUUCUGCUCAAUGGUGUUGUCCAUUCAAACUAUAAUGGCUAUAUCAGUGAUAUGGAAAUGAAUGACAUAAUCGAAUUAAUUGUCGACUGUGAUGGAAAGAAAUUACGUUUAAUGAACGAACGAACACACAGCACACAUGAACUCAAUGUUGAUGUGACGAAAUGUUCUCUUCCAUGGCAACUCAACCUUGGUCUUUAUUACUCAAAUGAUCGUAUUCGUAUGACUGAUUAA